CUCUUCAAUAAUUCUCUCCUUGAUUUCCGACGCCCUUUUUCCUUCUUCUUCCCGUCUCUCCCUUUGUUGCUUCUACUUCCGUCCAAUCUCUCUCUCUCUCUCUCUCUCUCUCUCCCCCCAAAGCCCUCUCUCUCUCGACUAUCUUUCGUCUCUCGCCGAUCAACCACCGCGCUUUCGUGUUUGGUAUGUUCAUCUAUGCUGCUGCUUUCCUUUUGCUUCUUACUUUCGUUCUUUCUAUUUCUGUGAAUCUUUCUUUUUCGCGCUGGCGGGUGAUUGCUUGAAGACGGGUUCAGCUUUUGGUGCGGUUGAGUGAUCCUCUAAUGUUUCGAUGUUUGAAAAUUGCAGGUCCUCGCGAUCGUAAUUCCCGUAUCAUCAUGGCCAAAAGCUCUUUCAAGCUCGAGCAUCCUCUGGAGAGGCGCCAAGCUGAAGCUUCUCGCAUCAGGGAGAAAUACCCUGAUAGAAUUCCUGUUAUUGUCGAAAAGGCUGAAAGGAGUGAUGUCCCCGACAUUGAUAAGAAGAAGUACCUUGUCCCAGCAGAUUUAACAGUUGGACAGUUUGUGUAUGUUGUCCGAAAGAGGAUUAAGCUCAGUGCUGAAAAGGCCAUAUUCGUCUUUGUCAAGAACACAUUGCCACCCACAGCUGCAAUGAUGUCUGCAAUCUAUGAGGAGAACAAGGACGAAGACGGCUUUCUUUACAUGACUUACAGUGGAGAGAACACCUUCGGACUUCUUCACUAAGAUGGAGACUCAAGGCAAUGUCUCUUCUUGUUCAUGACAUGAUGAAGAAAAGCUCCCCUUUGGAAAAGAUGUAAAUUGCCAGCUCUGGAUUUGUAAAGUUUAAUGCUUUCAGACUUGACCUAAACGUUCCAUCCUACUACUGGAUUCGGAUUUCUGCCAUAAGUUGGGCUGUAGAAUUGCUUUCAGUAUGUGUAAUUGGAAUUCGAUUUAGUUUAUUAGUCUCUGUUCAGUCCUUUUCUCUUCGCAUUGGAUUUGAUCUUGCUCUCCUCUCUCUUUCUCUCUGCUGUGAAAACUGAAACCACUGCCGCCAAAAGAGAGAAUUUGCAGCAGAUCUUAGUUGGUAGUGUUUGGUAAGCUACAUCGGUUCUCUUCCGAUUUUGUUUGUUGGCAUUGCAACCGCUGUUGGCCAAAUUAAAGCUCAGUAAAGUGUUCAGCUAAUU